AUGUCUGAUAAACCAGAAGGGCAGAAACACAAACGCUCUCGAAGCGCAAUAGCACUUGCCCUCCUCCACCGCGACAAGUCCAAAGGCGAAGAUAAAGACCCCGAUGAUAACGGAGACACCAACUCGGCCACCUCCGUCUCUUCGAGCCCUGGCUCGCUGAAACACACCCGCAGCAGCAGCCGCCACAGCCGUCGCAAACAAGGCCAGGACCCGAGUCCGCCACCGGCCAUUCAAGAAUCCGCCGAGGAUAUGGACACAGUCGAAGACCUGCCUUCCUUGAAUCAAAUGGAGACUGGCAGCAUGUCGCUCGAGCAGUCCGUUCGCACCUUUCGUCUCUUCGAGAUCUUGCGCAGCGGCGACACCACUGCCAUCUCCAAGGCCAUUAAGGAUACCAUCGACCCGCAGGGCGUGAGUUGUCUCAAUGGCACGACCGUCCUCCAUUUGGCUCUGCAGUGCGCCGAGCCUCAGAUCGUGGAAUAUGUGCUGUCCGACGCGGAGGACAUCGAUAUUAACUCGCGAGACCGGGAUGGAAACACGCCACUUCACAUUGCCGCCCAGCUGGGGAGGGGCCCGCUUGUUCGCGAAUUGCUGAACCAUCCGUCUAUCAACGAUUCUAUUGUCAAUUAUCGGGGUCAGACGCCUCUCGAUUUGGCCCGUACCCCUGAAAUCUUCCAGCAGCUUCAGCUUGCGCGGUCUCUCUUCAUCGAUAGCAAGAACCAGGAAAUCCAGGCUUUGAUUGGAAGCUCUGAUUAUAAGGGCUUGGAGGCUUUGCUCGAGGAACCCCGAGUGGAGGGUAUUAUGGAUGUGAACAGCUACGACCUGGUUACCGACCCAACGACAGCCCAUUCCGGUGGCACGCUUCUGCACGAGGGUGCUAGAAAUAAAGAUGCGCAACUCAUUGAAAUCCUUCUGACGCAUGGCGCGGAUCCUUUCCGUCGUGACAAGAAGGGGAAGCUACCGCAGGAUGUUACCAAAGAUGAUAAAACCCGCGCUCUCUUGAAGAGAUCACCCGCUGCUGCUAUUGCUCAGCGCGGUAUUCAGGAAAGGGCUAUUCUCGGAAAUAGUAAUGCUCAGGGCCUUACCGGGCGUGUUUCGAUUGGCGAUGCCCCGCUUGCAGGCAAGGAUGCCCGCGAGAUGAGAGGCUAUCUUAAGAAAUGGACGAAUUAUACAACGGGGUACAAGCUGCGCUGGUUCGUUCUGGAGGAUGGAGUUUUGAGUUAUUAUAAGCACCAGGAUGAUGCCGGCUCUGCCUGUCGCGGUGCGAUCAACAUGAAGAUUGCUAGACUUAGCAUGGAUGCGCAAGACAAGACGCGUUUUGAAAUCCACGGCAAGUCAUCGGUCAAAUACCACCUCAAGGCCAACCAUGUUGUGGAGGCAAAACGCUGGUUCUGGUCCCUUAACAAUGCCAUUCAGUGGGCCAAGGAUGAAGCGAAGGAGGAGGAGCGUCAGCGGUCGAAGAAUGCAGAGGUGCUUCGCCAGGCUAAGAUCGAUCAGACAGAAGGACGCCUUGCGGAUACACCAUCAGAGUCCGGCCUUUCUCACAAGCCCAGCACAAAGGGUCUAGCUCCUCCAUCUUUGGGGGGUGGUAGUAGCAGUGGCACCAGGCUCAGCACAUAUGCAUCCCGCACCACCCUGGAUAUUCCAGCUGGAGACGAGGAUAGCUCCGCUUAUGGCGGUUCUUAUGAUCAGGUCCAUGUUCCAAACGACAUGAACAGAGUAAUCAGUCAUGUCACAUCUGCGCCGGACGGAGAGGUCGAGGAUGAAGAAUUUAUCGACUACGGUUCAAGCCACGAGAAUGAGAUCCCAGCCGCUGAUAAGGAUGCUCUCAAUAUUACCGCACAAUCUGCGAAGCUUCAGUUGGAUCUUCUUGCAAAUGUGGCUGCCUCGCUACAGGCCGAGAAAUCCAAGAAUCCGGAAAUGACCAUUGCGGAUCCAGCCCUCGAACAGGCCCUCGGUGCCUAUGAAGCUGCAGUCAGCAGCCUCAAGGGUCUAGUGCAGAAUCUGCUCAAAAUCUCACGGGACCGAGACUCUUAUUGGCAGUCUCGUCUCAGUAGAGAGGAGUCCAUUCGUCAGAUGUGGGAAGAAAGCAUGGCCCGUGUGGCCCGCGAGCACGAGGAGCUACAAUCCAAGAUGGGCGAGUCCGAGGAGAAGCGGAAGCGGACCAAGCGGGCUCUGAAGGAAGCCCUGGAGAGCGCAACGGGCAGUAGCCGUUCUAUCGCCGGUGUGACACCCCGUUUGCAAACAGAGAACCAGAGUCUUAAGGCCAGCCAAACUGAAGCUGGGGUUACCGAGACGAUGGAUGAAGCAGACCAGCCUACACAGCAACCAUCCGCGAUACCCGCACUCUCUCGCAGGCCAUCGACCUACUCCAAACUCAGCAGUCUCUACGAUUCAGAAACGGACGAGGAAGAAUUCUUUGAUGCUAUUGAUGCAGGUGAAAUCGAGGUAGAGGAUUUCAACGCCGAGAAGAACAACGUGGAACCAUCUAAAGAUGAAAGUGCUGAGCUUCGGGCUGUGAAGAGUACCAUCAUUGCACCCUCCUUUAAGGGUUAUGAAGAUCCCGUUAGAGAGCGACUUAAGAUGGAUGCUGAUGAUCGGCCAAAGAUUUCUUUAUGGAGUAUCCUGAAAUCUAUGAUUGGAAAGGACAUGACGAAGAUGACACUCCCGGUGUCCUUCAACGAACCAACUUCACUGCUUCAGCGAGUGGCUGAGGAUCUUGAAUAUACCGACCUCCUUGAUAUCGCUGCUGGUCGGUCCGAUUCAAUGGAACGCCUGGUCUACGUCGCCUCGUACGCCGCAAGUGAGUAUGCCUCGACCAUCGGCCGUGUCGCAAAGCCCUUCAACCCCCUUUUGGGUGAAACCUUCGAGUACGUGCGUCCGGACAAGGGCUAUCGAUUCUUUGUGGAGCAAGUCAGCCAUCACCCACCGAUUGGAGCUGCGUGGGCCGAGUCACCCAAAUGGGACUACUGGGGUGAAUCCUCCCUCAAGUCCAAGUUUUACGGCAAAUCCUUCGAUAUCAACCUGCUGGGCACAUGGUUCCUGAAGCUGCGACCUUCCUCUGGCGGAGAGGAACUCUACACCUGGAAGAAGGUGACCUCGUCAGUUAUUGGCAUCAUCACUGGGAACCCCACAGUAGACAACUACGGUCUGAUGGAAAUCAAAAACUGGACCACCGGCGAAGUCUGCUACCUCGACUUUAAGCCCCGUGGCUGGAAGGCCUCAUCAGCCUACCAGGUGACAGGAAAGGUCGUCGAUAGCCAAGGCUCCCCCAAGUGGAGCAUCGGUGGCCGCUGGAACGAUAAAAUCUACGCCCGCCACACCCCCGGAUUUGAGGCACCUGUCUCCGGCCAGGAUCCUGAGUCCGACAAGACCUUCUUGGUUUGGCAGGCUCAUGCUCGUCCUACUGGUAUACCCUUUAACCUGACUCCAUUCGUCAUUACGCUCAAUGCUCUCCCCGAGGGCUUGAAGGAGUGGCUACCUCCUACCGAUACCAGACGGCGACCCGAUCAGCGUGCUAUGGAAGACGGUGAGUAUGAUUUGGCUGCUGAUGAGAAGCACCGUGUUGAAGAGAAGCAGCGUGCCAAGCGCAGAGAACGCGAUACCGGUGGCGAGGUCUACGCGCCACAAUGGUUCACUCGUGACAAGUGUCCUGUUACUGGAGAGGAGUUCUGGGCUCAUAAUGGAAAAUACUGGGAGUCCAGAGAUGCGCGUGAGUGGAGUCGAGCCGAGGAUAUCUUCUGA